AUGCCAAUUAUAGUCAUUUCAGAUAGUAAAAUUUUAAAAAAGGUGUUGGCAAAUCACGUUCUACUCCUACGGGAUGGCCAACUCGACGACAUUACCUCAGCUGACAGCACUGAAGCGUCUGGAACAACCAAUUAUGGUAUAAUUGCAACAAAUGUCUGCAACUCUGAUUUAGAGUUUCCUGACAAUGAGCUUGAAAUAGACGACUUACCAAGUACCGGCUUUUUAGAUCCAGCUGAAUGGCCACCCUUGUCUGAAGUGACAAGAGAUUUGAUAAUCCGAAAUAUCACCCCUCUGGAUAACUUGAAAGACAUUGAUUUAAAAAAUUCUAAGCGUGUUUAUGCAACCCAAACGAGAUCGGCUUCAAUAUCUAUGUUUUUCAGUAAAAUGAAGAAUGGUCAAUCGAGUUUCAACGAUUGGAAACACGAAUGUCGCUUUUCUGAACAUGAAAGAAGUCAUGAACAUCGAAGUAAUCUCCAAAAUAUGGUGGCACGUGGCGAAGUACUUGGAAAAAUAGAUACGGCACUUCACGCACAAUACUUAAAAGAAGUUGAGUACUGGCAUGAAGUUUUGCGUCGCAUAGUUAGUGUUAUUGAAUUUCUCGGUAAGCGUGGAUUGGCUUUCAGAGGUUCCAAUGAACUUAUUGGGUCAAGUCAAAACGGUAACUUUCUUGGAAUUAUAGAACUGCUUGCAGAAUACGAUCCGUUUCUCAAAACACAUCUCGAAACCCGUGUUAAUAAGGGAAAAGGUCACGUGUCUUAUUUGUCCAAAAACGUGUGCAAUGAGUUCAUCGAAUUGAUGUUUGAAGAGAUGACAAAGAAAAUAAUAGAUGGACUGAAAGCCAGUAAAUAUUACUUAAUUUCUGUAGACUCAUCACCUGAUAUCACUCAUUGCGAUCAGCUGACAUUCAUUUUACGAAUGAUUGCGGGUACCGGUGAACCUAUGGAAAGGUUCAUUCAAUUUAUUUCUCAGCCUGGACACUCUGCCAAUGACUUGGAGGUCGCUGUUUUGAAGACACUUACAGAGCUCGACAUGGAUAUCAAAGAUUGCAGAGGGUAA